UGAUACAGCACAUACAGGCUUCAUAGUUAAAACCGACAACGACAUUUGAUAUCUGCAGUACCGACAUGUGGAUGUUUAACAUCUUCAUACCUCUUAGGAAUGGACGUCUCCUGUGGGUCUUCCUGGGAUGUGUGAUCCUUUGUAUAAUGGUUCCAUGCGCCAUGCAAGUGAAGAUGUAUGUGUUUAGCAUCGUGAACAUGGGAUAUACUGGCGGAAUGAGUACAUCAUCAUCCAGAAUCAGUGAUAAGAACAUGCAUGGAAGACCAGAUCAAAAGGAGACAGUCAAGGAUAAGUACGUCGUCUACACCUGUAACACAGGACGUUGUGGCGGGCUGGCGGACAGACAGAAGGGGAUUGUCACAGCCUUUGUGUUGUCGCAGAUGUUAGGACGGCUGUUUGGCAUUAGUAUGUUCAAGCCGUGUGACAUCUCAGAGUUCGUCAUCCCUAAGGACGUGGAUUGGACAAUUGAUAGUAGAACAUUAGCACAUUUGAAAAAGGAAUGGUUUGUUGAUAUGGAUGGUAAUGGCAUGGGUGUUGCUAUGGCUACAGGAGAUCUGGAAGCAAUGUUUCAGAACGACGGUACUAUGUACACUGGAAAUAUAGAUUUGGUUCCUUAUCUCAUGAAAAAUCCGUUGUUUCACAAAGUCUAUUGGGCUCGGAGAUUAAGUCAUCUUGAUAUUUAUAAAUACGCAUUUGAAAAACUAUUCAAACUUUCGCAUAAAACACAAGAUAGAUUUGAUGACAUAAUUGGAACAAUUGAUUCAAAUCACCAAACGCUGGUCUGUGCCCAUAUACGAAUGGGGAAAAGCCGGACAAUUCCCAGAGAUAACAGUCGAAAGGCUCACCGGCCUGAUCCGGAUAGUCUGAUCCGUUUUUUCAAAACGAGGCUACAUCCGGGUUAUGAUAAGCUGUUCAUUGCAACAGAUUCACAGCAGGUCAGGCUUCGGUUUAAAAAGGCAUUUCCUGACUCUUAUCUAGAAGUAAAAGGGCAGAUUGCUCACAUAGAUCGCCCAUCCCGGACGUUUGAGUGUUCGGCGAUGGAGAAGGUUGUCCUGGACCAGUAUAUUUUGUCAGAAUGCGACACUUUGGUGAUGUCUGUUAGUGGUUUCAGUCGAUUUGCCGCAAUAAUGAGAGGACGAGACGGAGAUCUGUUUUUGGCCAGGGGAAAGAACGUUUCAGUGAGUCCAAGGCUUUCUCCAACACUAUGAACCUGUGUUCUUGUGGGUUCUGUAUUUAUCUUGGCAGAGACAGGAUAUUUUACAUUCACUACUUCAAAACAUACAAUAUUUUUCUCUAAAGGGAGGGCCCUUUUAUUUUGACUUUCGGGACAUCAAGCAUUCCCCACAAACUAUUGGAUAAAACCAAAGGACAAAUAUGUUUUGAUUAAUUAUAUUUUCUGGAACAAAUGAUUAUAAAAAAGAAAGGUCAGCCCCCACCUACAAUCUAAUGGUGAGUCCCUAACUGUUGCAACAGCUGAAUGUGGGGUGAAAACCUUAUUUUGAUUAUACAUCAGAUAGUGAUCAUAAUCGUCGGGAAUCUAGGAUUCGAACCCCCAGCCAUUGCUUCCUGGCAGCCAUGGAAUCUAUAAGGUUUUAGCGUGUCAUGUUUUUAAAACAAUUAAUACCAAUAAAAUAAAACAUGUUCUCUCAUGUUAAUGCAAUCAGUUAACCAUGUAAACAUGUUGCUAUCUGCACAAUGUUGAUGUUACAACGAUUGCAGCUUUUUGUCUGAACAGUAAUUGGC